AUGGGUGUUUUGCCUGACACAUGCGGGCACCCAGUGGUGCUCAUGACUGUGACUGGAAACCUUGAGCAGAGGAUCCUGCAGGUGUUGAAGGGCGCUGGCACCCCUGUGAAGGCUGCCCAGCUGGAAAAGGAAUGCCAAGUGCCCAGGAAGGACAUCAACCGUGCUCUCUACCGGAUGAGAGAUAAGUUGCAAGUGGAUCGCGAUGACUCUGCGAAAUGGCGCUUGAGAGAGGGUGGGCCUGGAGAAAUGGUUCCCACAGAGCCGGCCCGGCCCAGCCAUGGUAACCUGCCAACCUUGGGUGGGGGUGGUGUACCCAGCACCAGCAGUCCUGGCAAUGGACAAGCCUGGCCUCCCACAGAGCUGCAGGAACAGAUCUUAAGGUUGCUGGAAACCAGAGGGCCCCAGAGGGCCUUGAGCAUCGCCAAGUCCCUGGGGAUGAAGACGUCAAAGGAUGUCAACCGAUACCUGUAUGCCAUGCAGGAAGAGCACCUUCUGGACUUGGACAAGAAUUCAAAAACAUGGAAAAUUUAUCAACCAGGGACUCCCAGGGCCCCCCCCAUCAUUUACCAGCAAAGCCCUGUCAUGAUCUGUCAGAACGCACCCCACAGCCACAUCUCCAUCCAGAACUCCGAAGCCGUCCAGAUUGGACACGGGAACACCAUCGUGAGACUAACGGCCCCUGCGGAGAGCGGCUCCAUGGCUCCCGGCUACCUCCCUCUACCACCAGCAGCGGGUCCCUUGGGUCAGGAUCCCCCGGCUGGAUCCUGGGGGCCGCAGGACGUCCGCAUAGACAGUACUGUGCUCAAAUAUGUGCAGCUGGGACAAGGCAACAAGAUGAAAGUGCACACCACCCCGGCCACGGGCGCUGGCCACAGCCCCCCAGCGCCCGGGUCCAGAGCUGCGGAGCCCAGAGGCAAGUUCCCAGAUGGCGCUGGUCGUGCUGACCCCGACAUGUCCACGUUCACCUCCCACCUGGAAGCCAUGACUCUUCACGACCGGGAUCCAGAGGCCCCAGAGGACAGCCCCUGA